CCGCACGCAGCGGCCCCGGCCCCUCCGUCCCGGUCCCAAUGGACGACUCGGAACAGCAGCCCGUCCCGGAGCCGGCCGAGAUGGCCUAUUUCGGCCCCACGUCCCUCACCUACCUGCCCGUGCUGCAGUGGCUAGCUGAUAAUUUCUAUUUGUGUGGAGGAUGCACUGUACCCUGUCGGCUACUAUAUGAGCUGUAUAUUGAAACCUGCAAUCCAGAUUUCAAGAUUCAAGUACAUCCAUCCACCUUUGGAAAGCUUAUUCAGUUAGUUUUCCCAGGCCUGGUGACAAGAAAGCGGACCACAGCAGGGAGUAUCAGAUAUCAUUAUGAUGGAAUAGCUAUCAAGAAGGAGUCUUCUUUUUAUGCACGUUUUUGCUGUCUUCUGUAUGAACAAAAUUAUCUCAGGCACUGCUCUCCGGGGGAAGUGAGCAUCUCCGAUGUGCAGCCAGGCACCAGUAGAAGUUCCUGGAGUUCUGAAAAUGCAGCUGAUUACAAGAAGAAUAGACAAAAAAAAGGAACAAGUAAGAAUUUGCAGUAUUAUCCAUCUGUCAUUUAUCUGAAGACUGAACAAGAGACAUUUCAUUACCUUUCUCCUGAUUUCAACCAGUUCUUCUUUGGAGAGCAAGCACAAAAUGAGACAUACCCCUAUGAACUGAUUGCACUGCUUGCCAAUGACUACUACAACUACUGUCAAGUUAUUUUACAAAUGGUGAGAGAGACCAAGCUUGACAAGGUGGAAGAUUGUAUCAUGUCAUUCUGGACAUCUCUGCAGCCUGAAAGAAUAGAACUGAUGUGCCUGCCAGAUGUGUGCCAGCUGUUAAAAAGCUAUGAUAGGUAUCUAUUCAAGGAAUUGGAGAACAUCCUACUUCCUGAUUUCCUGGAGGAGGUGUCUGCACAACAUAUAGACUCAAUCAGAUCAUUCAGUGAAAAUGUUAAAUGUUGGAUGCUUAAUCCUUUGGGAGGUUUUCCAUUACUGCUCCAAACAUCCAAGUCUAAUGAAGCUAAAGAGUUUGUAAAGAGGCUCAGGAGACAGACAGACCUUUGCAACAUGGUCAAGACAGUGAGAGCACUCUUGAACAACAACAGCACAGUCACUGUUCUGCGGUCAGGCUUGCAUGCCAUCUUCAAUGAGAAAUCUCUGGAUGUGACUAAAGACCUCUUUCAAGAGAAGUUUAGGAAUCCAAAGAAGAGGCAGAAAAACAUACAAUUAAAAUGUUUGAAAAACUUCAUUUCUUCACUGACAUCUUCCACAGAUAUUCGGGAUCUCCUGAGCUCUUUGUCUUCAGAUCUCCAGACUUUUGUUAUCAAGCCAAGCAAGAGUAAAGAGGCAUUUAAAGAGCAGGCAUCAGAUUUCAUGUUGAAAUGGAACCUUCUACUGAGCAAUGUAGGCAAGAUUCUGACCAUCAACAGGACAGACAGUUUUGGAUCCUGGCUUUUGCUGAAUAUGCUACUUGUUGAUUUUGCGGCUCACAUUUUCCAGUCCUAUAUAGAAGAGGAGAAGGAAGAAGGAAAUGCCUUGGUCUCAAAGCAAAAUGAGGUCCCUGUUCUGUGUGUUUAUGAGCCCAGCCAUCUCUCAGCCUGUUUUGCUGAGGAGGAACCUGAAGCCAAUGCUCCACAGACAGCUCUUGUGAUGCAGAACCAGAAUAACUUCGGAUUAAGCAAUGCUUUCCAGAGUUCUGAGUUGUUUGGUGAACACAGCCAUUGUCAGCAAGGUGAAAAUAACAUUAACUUAGAAGAAAAUUAUGGGGACAAAGUUAUAAAUUGGGCAAAUUAGGACAGAUUGGCAGGUGUGUGGCUGACUGGGGUUUUUAUGCAUGUAAAGUAGAACUAAAAAAAUCCAGGUUUGCAUGGAGCUGUGUCCAAUGUCACUGAAACCUCAACUCACAAAGCAUCCUCCACAUCCUGCCCCCACCCCACAAUGAUACCAAAGGAUUGUAAUCUCAACAUCGCCCACCUCCCCAGCACCACAGGUUCCUGAUUCUUUCCCUAGGUUGCCAGCACACCUCUGGAGCUCCUUCUGAUUGCCCAGGUGUUGUUUAAGGAAGAGCAGUGCUGCUCUGGUGGGCUGGGAGUGGGUCAUGGGCUAGCUGACAAACAGGCUGCAUAUAUUCUUUGAUCAAAAAGAGAGGGCACAGUGUGGUCUUUCCUCACUUUUGGAAGCACUGAGAGGCUCUCUUCCCUCCACUCAUCUGUUACUUUUAUCAAAAGAUAUGAAAUAUCUUCAGAAAUAUGAAAUCUUUGAGACCCUUCUGCUCUACCAGAUUUUCUUGCAGUCAGCCCACUGCUGCAAACCUUACUAGCAUAAGGUGUGACAUACAGGUAGACAACAAGAUAGACUCUAAGUCUUCUAGAAUACAAGGCUAAAAUACAAGAACACAUGAGAAUAUGGAUCAAGCCCCUGUGGUUAAUGCAAGUAAUGAAUUAGACAUUCAGCUGUUUUCAUAUUUCUCUUCCAUGCAGUAAGAGCACUUGUCUUAUGUCUCAGAGAACAUUGUUUUCCGGAAAACUGUGAAAGACAAAUGUUAAUGGCACCAAGACUUACAAAGAAAAUUACAUUUUUGGGGUGACACUACUAUAGUUAUUUUAUUCCCAAGAAGCAUUCAGGUUCCAUACACUAGCACAUGAGUGGAAAUUGACUGUUUUAAAAACAUAUUUAUUAAUUAUAAAGACUUUUAGGGGACUCUAAUUUGUUUAAAUAUAAGGUAUACUAAGACCAGUUCAGCUAAGAAAAUUGGAGAGGAGACAGCAGACACACAGAGGACAAAACAAGAAUGAUUUAUACGUGUGAUGGGCAUGUUUGACAGCUUUUGUUAUUUUUCAAAUGUAAAAUAAAUACCCAUCCUGCCAUAUCACCUUUAUGUCAAAAUGUAAACCGUGCUAGGUGCUGACA